CAAGCAGGGACGCCAUGGGCUGCUGAGCUCCUCCUGCGGGGAGGCUGCCCCAGGACUCUGCACGUGCGCUGCGCACCAUGGCCGCCUCAAUUAUCAGCCAGGAGCUCCGCCAGAUCUCGGGCCAGGCAAAAAUAGACCUCUUGUUAGUUGGCGAUGACACUGUUUACCACCUGGCUGAUGCUCUCCAGAAAUUUUUUGCAAAUACAGCAGCAGUCACCAUCACCAUUAGUGAUGUGCAGAAGGCAGCCACACUGUUAGAUGAUUGCACAUUUGACAUGGUUUUCCUGAAGACCACUUCCUUCCUGAGUGCAGAGGAGCUGGAAGCUGUCAGGUCAAUUAGAUUUGGCAAGAAGAAAAAUACACAUUGGCUGUUUGUUUUUAUAAUCCCUGAAAAUUUUAAAGGUUGUAUUUCAGGGCAUGGAGCUGAUAUUACUUUAACUGAACCGCUGACAAUGGAAAAAAUGAGUAUUGUGGUAAAAUACUGGAAAACAUAUUUCUCAGAUACAGAUAAGAAUGAAAAUGCUAUAAAGUCUGAAGAACAUGAAUUACCCCUACAGAAUUCCUGCAGUGAACACCUGGGAUGUUUUUCCACUGAUCUAUUCAAUUGCUCUGAAUCUGUAAGAAAUGAUCUUGGGCUUGAAUUAAAGACUCCACUGUCAGAUUCUGAGAAGAGCAAAAAGAUUUCCUUUCUUCAUUCAAGCAAAGAAAAGCUGAGAAGAGAACGAAUCAAAUAUUGCUGUGAGCAGCUGCGUACGCUCUUGCCUUAUAUAAAGGGGAGAAAGAAUGAUGCGGCUUCAAUUCUUGAGGCAACAGUUGAUUAUGUGAAAUAUAUCCGGGAGAAAAUCCCACCAACCAUUAUGGGCCAGAUUACAGAAGCCCUUCAGAACAAUAGGAGAUUUUGUAAAAAACAAGUGCCUAUCCAGCUAUCCCUCCCAGGCACUGUCUUGGCACAAAGGGAAAACAGUGUGUUGACAAGCACUUACUCCCCUGUGAGAGGGAUCCAGUUCCUGGCUAACAAGUGCUUGAAUGUGUAUUCCAUUGAUACUGGCGGGGACUCCUUGGAUCAAAUUGUGAGAGGUCAGUCAGGCUCCACUUCAGAGAGUGACGUUGGUGAUCUGUAUAAAACUCGAAUUCCCAGUGCAGCCCUCUCCCUUAAUUCCUUUCAUGCUCUCAGAUACUAUUCUAAAGUUUUCCCUUCCUACGAUGCACCUGCCGUAACAAAUCAGAGCAUUUCAAUUCAUUUACCGUCAGCUGUGCCCAAAGUCUCAAAGUUUCUCCCCCAGCACUGCAAUUCUGUGCUGGGCCAGACGUGUACAACACAUCCCAACUGUCUGCAACAGUUUUGGGCAUAUUAACAGCACAUGUUUGAAAUUCACAUUGUAGACCACCUGCUGGUCACGGUUUGACAAUACAGGAAGAGUGGAACAAAGAAUAAUUUUGAAAGCUACACCCAGAGACCUAAUAUCAAAAGAGCUGGCAUUGUCUGGCUUCUGAUAAAUGUGCUAACAGCUUCUGCUGAUAGAAAGACAGGCUGUGAAAGUGGUAGCCACAGGCUUUCACUCAUCCACAUACACACUUGGAUCUCCCUCAUCCAGAGAGCUUCAAGAAAAAAUGGCCUAGGCGACCUAGACUCUUUUUUUUUUUUUUUCUCAUCAAAAAAUAUUCCACAGUUUGUAAAAAAUAUUACACUACAAAGAAGAUCCAUGUGGACUUGAUGAAAGGAUAAGAUUGGAAAGGUGCAUUGACACAGCUGUGUCACUGAGCACAAAUACUACAAUUUGAUUCUUAUUUUAGUAUCAAUAAGAAUUACUGUCACUUAUUUCUAGAGGUUAUCUUUUCUAGAUUUGACAUUUUAAAGAGCUUCCUUCUUUAUCCAUCAUCCAAAAACUAAGCUAUACAGAGAGAUACUGAAGGGUGUCUGCCUCUUCCCUUAACUACUAAUGAAUAAAUUGCUGUGUUUGCCUUUGCAUUUCACAAACCUUUGCAUACAAAGAUAAGCUAAUAUUAGGCAAGAUUUUCUUUCUGGAUCCUUAGUUGCAGACUAGCAGAUCUCUGCAUUAGGAAAAAAAAAAAAAAAAAAAAAAAAACUGUUGAAAAUUGGGGGAGAAAAA